AUGAAGAAACCUGUUCGAGUUCUCUCGAAAACACUCAUCGGCGAUGACGGCAGAGUCUACGCUUGCUCCGACAACAACUUCUUCUCCUUCGAGUCUAACGGUUCGAUUGCUUGGUCGGUACACAUGAAUUUCAAAUGCAACACCGAUUUAGCCCCGGUUUAUUCUGGUUUAGACCAGAUGCUUGUUCUUGCAGAGAAUCGGAUCCUGAGAGUUGAUUUCCCGAGAAACGGAACCAAAUCUGAACCGGAACUGUUCUUCGAUCCGGGAGAAACGAUUAUCGGUUUCGCGGUUAGCAUAUCGAGUUCGUCGGUUUACGUCACAGUCAAGGAUCACGGUCUCUACGCGUAUAACAUGCUUCGGCAGCAACUCUGGAUUGCUGAGCCUAAAACCGAACGUUUCGGUUACCGAUUAGGAUGUCGAAACGAUUACGACAACUGUAAAUUCGAUUCUCGACCAGUGAUUGAUUCUUGCGAAGCAAGCAUCUAUAUUUCAAACAAUGAAGGAGAACUCUACUCGUUAUCUCUACGUGGCACUUACUACCAAUGGAUCCAAGAUUUUAGUCUGGUGGAUCGAUUCUUCACCGUUACACCGGGGAAUAACGGUCUAGUCUACGUUGUUUUCCCGACAAAGUCGCUCGUUUUCGCAUUAGAUUCGUUUUCCGGCGACAUUCUAUGGCAAAAAACCGUCGGUCCAUUGUCAGAAACUUCUGGUUCAGGCCUUGUCAUAGACUCAAACAGUAGAGUAUCGAUUGGUUCACUAGAUGGGACAUUGUACUCUUUCUCAAGAACAGGAGAGCUUUAUACGAUACCGAAGAAUGCAGAAACAGAUUCAGUGAUCCAUGCAGAUCCGUUACUCGAUUGCUCAGGCAAUGCUGUUUAUUAUUCUCAGACAAAACUAGAAGGAAAGAUUGACAGAGUCAUUGGUAAUAAUACUUAUGUGUCGUCCAAGAAACCAGAAACAGCGGUCUUUUCACUUGUGGUUCCAGAGACAGGAUCUAUCUACUGGUCUCAUAGUUAUUCUGAUCAAAUCCCGACUUUGUUAUUAGACGAAGAUCUGCAACAUUUUGUGUUGGACGAGAGGAUCGUUCUUGCGUUCGUUGCAGCCUCUAACUCUGGAAAUCCAUUUCGAUGUCGUUCCAAACACGACAAGCUAUCAUCUAGCUGUUUGUUUGCAGAAGCAGAGCAUCUUGAUAUCUACAUUGGUAACGAAAGAGCAAUAAUCUGGUUUUUACUGUUCGAGUUUGUGACCAUUAUCCUCUUUGCGUCUCUUGUGAGGUUCUGUUUUAUAUUCUGGAAGAAAAAGAAGCUUCAAGGCCGUCCCUUCAGUGCUUUCUUGGACAAGCGACGUUUUCUUCACAGGAAGAGGAGGGAAAUUGAUAGAACGAUCACGAGGCUUCAAAGUGAAUCAACGGCUCAUGAAUUCUCUGUUGAUAAAAUCGGUGAUUUGGUUCAAGAAAGGGAAAUCGUGAAGAGGAAACUCUCUUCGACAUAUAGUCUUGGAAGGGACACAGAUGAGUCAAAGUCGAAGUCAAAAGAUUCUGUUCUUCCCUUGUAUGGAGGAGGUUCUAGAAGCUUUCCUUUCAGAAAUAGGGAGAACGAGAGUAUCACGAUUUUUCAAACACCACGCGGUGCGUCAUCCUCAGACGAGAGCUCUAGGGACCUACAAUAUGAUGAUGACGUUGCUUAUGAUGAACAUGAUAUAGAUGACUUGAACCGUAAGCAAAAGGGAAAGUUUCUUGCUCAUUCAGAGGGUUCUUCACUUCUUCUUCCAGUGAUGACGAUGAUUCACAGUAGAAGAAGCAUUGAAAAGUUGUAA